CUAGUUACUCCCUCUUCUCCUCAUCUCCAUCGCGCGCCUUAAAUACCCCAAAUUUUGUACUUAAUUUUUUUUCCCUUUUAAUCUGCUGAAAACUUGGGGAUUUUGGCCAUUCCAUUGCUUUCUUUCUGAUUCAAUCUUCAAUAAGUUCCCAAUAUGGCUGGGAAAUUAACUACAGUGCUUUUAAGGUGAACAAAUUGGCCCAGGCCUAGGCCUAGGAGUUGUUAGAGAGAGUUACUCUUUUUAAGUUUUUGAAGAAAAGAAUGAGGAUGCGUCGGUGGCUUUGCUGUUCGUGUCAGGUCGAGGAGAAUUACCAAUCGCUGGUUCUAGGGCAAGUUCGGAAGUUGGAGCAGGAGCCCCAAGAGAAAGAUGAUAAGAUGAGAGAAGCUCGGAAUGAGAAAGUUGAAAACGAAGAGAGUGGACCCGAUAAGAAUGUUGACAGCCAAAUAGAACCCAUGAAAGCAUCAGAUGUUGAAAAACAGGGGCAAGCUGGUGAAUCUCCAUCAGAUCAGAAUGAAAAAGAUGAGCAUGAAAGUUCUGAAGGAUUGUCAAGAGAAGAACUUGGUCGCCUCGUUGAAUCACGCUGGACGGGGAAAAAGAGUGGGGAACAAGAUCUUAAAAACUCGUCAGGUUUUAGCUCUUCUGAAGCAGUUGCGAAAAGAAUAACUUGCACUGUAAUAUGUACAUCUUUAAACCUUUUUUUGAUGAUAUCUUUAGAUAUAGCAACUCCAAGCGGUAAAUCUUGGUUGGAUAAGAUACAGGAAACUGCUCAGAAUUUCCUUCAGUCUAUUAACUUGUUUUCAAUCCCUGUCGCUAAUCUAGUUCAUUGGCAGGGAAGAGGAAAGCAAAGUUCUAUAAAUACUGGAGCAAUGUAAUUUAGCUUUGGCAGUAUCAUCUAUAUCUUACAUCCCCCAACCGUCGAAGCUCACUGAAUUGAUAUGCACACAAGAUUGGCUGCAGAUGCAAUCAGAUGGUUUGAUCGGAUGUGUAUGCCGGCUUUCAUCAACUACUUUCGAAGGCCUUACUAGGAAUUUAAAUGGUGUGCAAAGAGAUUGCUUCUUCUGAUCUGAUUUUUCAAUAUAAAUACUGGACAAAGUAUGGAUAUUUCUUGUCAGUUGCAUUUACUGCUAUUAGUAAAAUAGGAUUCUCUUCUUAGGAUCUUAGUUUCUUCACUUGUAUUAGACUCAACAAUGGCUUGCAUUGCAUUGCAUUGGUGUUGAUUUUAUAAUUUUUAAUUUUUAUUAAUUAUUUACGUUUUCUCACUUUUAUUAA